AUGGAUAAGGGAUCUUUCUUGUCAGAUAAUAAUUAUGUAUCACCAUUGGAUCAUCAGCAUAAUUCAAAUUUUCAUCCAAGACAUAAUAGUACUCCACCUUUGAUGGGUUCUAAAUUCUUUAACUCGUUUAAAUCUUCCCCAGAGUUAACUCCUAAUAACAAUAUCAAUAAUAACUACAAUACUUCAAACUGGUCAAACCAAUCAACUCAAUCCACACCUUUGUCUUUGUCGGUUGAUGGUGCACUCAUGGGUGGAGGGUUUGGUUUAGCCUUUACAAAUGGAAAUAAUGGGAAGAAUGGGAUAGGUGCUAAUGAUUUAAGUGAUUGUUUGAAUAUGUUAUCAUUUCAACAAUCUCCUGGUACAAUCCAUGGUCCCAAUAGUGGAGGUGUUCCUCCUUCACUUUCUCCUUCUACAUCGUCAACUACAACUAGCGCCUCAACAUUACAGUUGAAUCAAUGGGGCCAACCUCGUCUGCAACUGCACCCUCGUCUGCCUCUGCAACAUCCGUCAAUGCAGAAUAAUUCCAAAUUUUCCAGAUAUCCAUCCAUUUGGAAUGAUUCUCCUAAAUUCAAUAUUCCAAAUGAAGAAGAAUCCUUAGAUCCACAUUUAUUUUCUCCAUUUAUAUCUGUUGAUAGUCUGUUCUCUUCUGAAAUGGAGUUAUUGGCAGAAUCAGAGCCCAAUGCCCCUCAAACUGUUCAUAAUAAUAUUUACCUGUCCAAGGUUAAUAACCCUUCAUUUAUUCCAAAUUCAAUGAAAGUGGAAGGUAAUAAUAAUAAUAACAAUAAUACCCAGGAUGUACCAACCAUUUCACCAAUAACCAAAUUGGUGCCAACUUUUGAAAGCACUGUAGACCUGAAAGUUGAUCAUCCAGUAAAUGAGAACUCGAACUCCAAAUCGAACUCAUCAACAAACUCAAGCUCGAACAUUAGUCCAUCUUUGAACCCAUCAAUUAACUCACCAGUUGAAUCUAAAUCACGAACAAAUAAUACAUUGACACCGCCAUUAGCACAAAAUAGUCCUAUGAAAGCGAUUGCAACCACCAUUAUGGUGAAAACAGAUUCUGAUUUAAUCCUUGAAUCAACUAGAAACAUUAUUAAUGCAUCCAAGAUCCCUAAAAGGAAAAUGGGGUCCAUUUCAACUAGAAGAAGAGAAAGCGUCAAGAGUAGAAGAGACCUGGAUAUUAUUAUAAAUUUACCACAUAAAAUCCCUUCUACAAAUUCUGAUUCUUCUCCAAUACCUAAAAAGGUAUUUAAUGAUUUUUUAUUAUCACAAGAUAACAUGAAAAAGGCAUAUCAAGAAGACUAUUGUUCUACAUUCUAUAAAAGAAAUCAACAUGGUUAUAUGUUUGUUAAGGAGCCUGCUAACUCGUUGAAAGUCAAUACAAAUGGGGUUGGUUCUAAAUCUUGGGUUCAAUUGAAAGUGAAUUUACCAGAAUCAUACAGUGUUACGAGAAAGGUGAAGGUUGAUGUGCGAGAACUCCCAUACUGGAAGCCGGCAACUAGUACGGGCUCAAAGACAAAACGGUCUAAAAAGAGAGAUUCUAGUUCGACUUUCACUAAUUCAAAUGAGUAUAAAUGUCAUUCAGAAAUGGGUUCUAAUACUCGUAAAAAGCCUCAUAAUUUACUGAAAAGAUUUGGUAGAAGGUCAGAUGAAAGAGAAAGGGAAUGA